AUGGGCAAUACUCAUAGCAUCGCGGGACAUGAGUGCUUCCUCGCGGCUGUCGGGCACAAUCCAAGCCUCGUGGUCUUUCAGGGUGAUGCUUUCUUUCAAUUUCGGAUGCCGCCGAUCUACAAUCUCGAUCGCCCAGUGACUCCUAUUGCUGUCACAUUCCCGGAAACCUCAGAGCAGGUGGCCAAGAUCGUUACGUGCGCUGCCAGUAACAACUAUAAAGUGCAGGCCCGCAGUGGCGGCCACAGCUAUGGAAACUAUGGCCUCGGAGGUGCAGAUGGUGCAGUGGUCGUCGACUUGAAGAAACUCCAAGACUUCUCAAUCGACCCUGUAACCCAUGUUGCGACAGUUGGAUCGGGGACUUUACUUGGUGACCUUCACUCGCGUCUUUUGAAUGCCGGUGGGAGAGCUGUGGCUCACGGUGCCUGUCUCGACGUCGGCACCGGCGGUCACUUUACGAUUGGCGGCCUGGGUACCAUGUCACGGGAAUGGGGCAUGGCCCUCGACCACAUUCGAGAAGCAGAGGUUGUCCUGGCAAAUGGAACGAUCGUGCAUGCAACCCACAUUCAGAACCCAGAUGUUCUAUUUGCUAUCCAAGGUGCUGCAGCGAGCUUCGGAAUUGUCACCAAAUUUAAGCUCCAUACUCACCCUGCUCCUACGCAGGCUGUUCAAUACUCCUAUACUUUCAACAUGGGGAGCACAGCAGAGAAAGCUCGGUUCUUCAAGGAUUGGCAGAGGUUUAUCUACGCCAAAAAUCUCACGCGCCGAGUCUCGAGCGAACUCAUGCUCUCGGAGAUGGGAAUCUUGCUUUCCGGCAUGUUCUUCGGGUCGCACGAUGAGUGGAAACAAUUCGGUCUGGAAAAGCAUUUUCCACCGACCGCUGGAGGGAACGUGGUGGUUUUGACCGAUUGGCUGGGAAUGAUUGCGAGCAAAUCCGAAGACCUUAUUCGGCAAAUUGUGGGCGGCAUUCCGUGCUCGUUCUACUCCAAGUCGAUGUCUUUCACGGAUAUGAUAUCCGAUGCCGGCGUGGACUCAUUCUUCAAAUACCUUAAUAUCGCCACAAAAGGAACACCGGUAUGGUUCAUUAUCUUCGACUUAGAAGCUGGCGCGACAAACGACGUUCCCAUGAAUGCCACCGCCUAUGCUCAUCGGGAUGCCAUUAUGUGGAUGCAAUCUUACGCGGUAAACCUUCUUGGACCGAUCUCCCAGACAACCAAAGGUUUUCUCAAUGGAAUCAACAGUGUGAUCUCCGAUACCCACCCGGGCGCGUCGUUUGGCGCCUAUCCGGGAUACGUGGAUCCGUUGCUGCAACAUGCGCAGGAAGCGUAUUGGGGAUCUAACCUUCCGAGGCUGCAACAAAUAAAGGCGGCGAUUGACCCAAAGGAUGUUUUUCACAACCCCCAAAGUGUUCAAGUGACUCUCAAGCAUUCUUAA